GGCGGCUGCAGGGCGCGCUGCGAGGCGGCGCCGCAGCCGCUUCGCCCUCGCGUGUCGCCAGCUCCAUCAAGGGCUACCUUACUAACAAGGUCGGCUCGCUUCAACUGAAAGAUACAGGUUCCGAAGUCCCAAUCGAGGGUUGCGGCGAAAGGCAUCAAGUUGCAAAUGAUCAGUAAGCGGGAAGACAUCAGCAUAUAAAUGAAGCGAUGGUCGUAGUUUCUCAAGACAAAUACAUUUCUUAAGUCAAGUUAAUUGAAAACAAAUCAAGAUGGCGGAGGGUCCGCAAACAAUAUGGCAGAAAAUCGACAGUUCCGCGAUUCCCGUCGUGAACCUCGAGGUGAAAGAGGUACGCGAAAUAGUAUGGGAGAAGAUAAAGGAACCUACCUCUCAGAGAAAGAUCAUUCUAGUUAUAGUAUCCAUAGCCCUUCUACUAGACAACAUGCUUUACAUGGUUAUCGUACCGAUUAUACCAGAUUACUUACGUUACAUCGGUGCGUGGGGCGAGGCGGGAUACGACCAUGUCGUAACUCUAGCUCCUUACAAGGAAGGCAAUAGAACCAUAACACCGACAAAGAUCAUCCCAGCCUCACACGAAGGGCAGGAUUCCGCGACAGGAGUUCUCUUCGCUUCAAAGGCGAUAGUGCAGUUGAUGAUAAAUCCAUUUUCCGGUGCCUUAAUCGACCGAAUAGGAUAUGACAUACCCAUGAUGAUUGGGCUCAUCAUAAUGUUUCUGUCAACGUCGAUAUUCGCAUGCGGACGGAGUUACAGCAUGCUAUUCUUCGCGAGAAGCCUUCAAGGAGUUGGUUCCGCUUUUGCUGACACUUCUGGAUUGGCAAUGAUAGCUGACAGGUUCACCGAGGAAAACGAACGAUCAAAAGCGCUCGGUAUCGCCUUAGCGUUUAUCAGUUUUGGAUGUCUCGUCGCGCCGCCGUUUGGCGGAGCAUUAUACCAAUUUGCGGGAAAAGAAGUACCCUUCCUUAUUCUUGCGUUGAUAUCACUUAUGGACGGAUUCAUGCUGCUACUUGUAAUGAAGCCGUUAAAAACUCAAAUGAAGGAAGCUUCUCAGCCAAAACCUGCUAGUACACCUAUUUGGAAACUUCUAAUGGAUCCUUACAUAGCUGUGUGUGCUGGGGCCCUCAUGAUGUCUAACGUUGCAUUAGCGUUUUUGGAACCAACGAUCUCUCUUUGGAUGGAAGAUAACCUGACAAAGGAUAAUUGGAAGAUUGGUAUGAUUUGGUUACCAGCGUUCUUCCCCCACGUUCUCGGCGUAGUGAUAACUGUGAAAAUGGCGAAAAAAUAUCCACAGCAACAAUGGUUAAUGGCUGCUGGAGGCUUAGCUUUGGAAGGAUUGUGUUGUUUCAUUAUUCCAUUUGCAAACUCGUAUAAGAUGCUGAUGAUACCAAUAUGCGGUAUCUGCUUCGGUAUAGCCCUCAUCGACACGGCCUUACUACCUACUCUGGGCUAUCUCGUAGAUGUUCGAUAUUCGUCUGUUUAUGGAAGUAUCUAUGCCAUUGCCGAUAUAUCAUAUUCCUUUGCCUACGCGGUCGGACCCAUCAUAGCUGGAGAAGUGGUCGAAGCAAUAGGAUUCACCGCACUGAAUCUUUUUAUAGCAUUCAGUAAUCUUCUUUAUGCUCCUGUUCUCAUGUAUCUCCGGCAUAUUUAUGAUUUCAAGCCGUUCGAGAACGAAGCGAAUAUUCUGAUGGCUGAUCCGCCUGAUAAGGAAUAUCAAACUUAUAGCAUGCAAGAUCAGAGACCGGUAAACGGUGAAUUCAAAAAUCACUUAGAGUAUACCAGCGUGCCGGGCGAGGGCGACUCCAUGCAAGAGUCCAACGUCGACCAAUCGAGGUAUGACUAUCAAGAAGGUUAUCAAAAUUAUUCGCAAGGCUACGAGCAGCAAGGCUUUCAGCAAGAAGCAUAUAGUCAGCCACGACAGUUGCCAGCGCAACCGCAGCCAACUCCGAGCAAUCCAUUCAGGGCUCCAGGAACGGCACCUGCACCAGCUCCAGCUCCAGCACCUACGCCUGCACCUGCCCCAACACCGAAUCCGAUCAGGAACCCCUUCCGACAAGGCUUCUAGAGCAAUUUAGUAUUGUUGUCUAUAUUUUUGAACUUACUUGUUGUGUAUUUAUAAAUGUCUCAUAUAGUUGAUAACUUCGAUCACUGAGCCGCGCCCAACCGGCGGCAAUGUUUAACCUUUGAUUAGAUGUCUAUAACUUUACUGUGCUUAUAAUAAUCUCUACUGUAGUGUGUCUGCGCUGCCCACGAGAUGACGUCGUCGUGUCUUAGAUACUUUUAAUUACAUUAAAAAUGUGUACACGCUAUGAAGUCAUUUUGUUGGCAGCGAGAGUUCUUGUUGAUCUUGAAUUGUUCAAAACUAAUUGUUGCAUCUUAUAAUAUUUAGAACUAAGAGCCGAUGAGGUCUCACGUUCAUAAUCUUUCCUUAAUUUUUAAAGAUUAAUAUAACUAUGUAUAUUAAAGAAUGAAACGACUGCAGUGCAGCUGAAAACGUAUUUAAAUAAACUAUCAAUGUGGUAUUGUAUACACGUUAUCUAUCAAAUGAAUAUUCUCGAAGCAAUUUAAGACAUAUUUAGAAGUAUUUAUAUGUAGCAUAGAUCAUAGGAUUACAGAUUGAAAAUCAUGCAAGAACGUUAAUGAAUUAAUAUUGAUGUAAAGAGGUCUAACUAUUUGUAAAUUUUAAAUGGCACUUGCAUCUUUUAGUGAUUUUUAACUUAAGAAAUAAGCUAUUGUAACGUACGUACUCGUAUGCACUGUACAAACGAACUGUUCGUGCUUUCUUUAAGAGACUUUGAGAGAUUGUAAACUUCGGUUUUAAUCUGUUUACUAAGGAAAGCAAGAAUUAUUUUUAAAUAAAUUUAAUGACUAUGUUUUUUACGGAUUUAAUUAAUAUUUAAACAAUGACGUUAUUGAAAUCAUAAAUUGGAAAAAAAACGAUUAGAAUCAAAAAGUCUGGUUCCAGAUCUGUAUUAACACGACAAAAACGAUAAAAAACUACAUCGUUUGACAUAUGGAAUAGUUAUAUUUAAUUCGGCGCGUCACGAAAUAUCGAUGUUUAUAGUUUAAAUAAAAAUUAAAUUCGUAAAAAUAAACGUUUUAACGAAGGAAUAACGUUUACGACGUUAAAUAUUAGUCACGUACUUGAAUGUCUAGUGCUUUAGCAAUAUCGGUGUUAUAUCUCGCUAUCAAUUCGUAUUUAACAUAAUCAAUUAUAAUAUCAAUUAGAGGUUUAAGAUCAACUUGUGAUAAAGUUGCAACCAAGGUAACGAAACAUAUCAGAAUCUUUUGAUUCACUUAGACUAAGUCGUAGUAUUGUAAGUAUUUUUCUCUUAUUGUAUAGUAGAGUUGUGCUGGUUUUAGCCGCGUAAUAUAUCGGUGUAUUGUUUAGCUGUAGCGUGUCAAGUUUGAAGAGCAUUGAGGUCAUUCGGUGGGUCAAAGAGUUCCUAUGUGCAAAAUAAGAGGCGAGUGGAAAGAUAAAAGAGUAUUGUUAGUGAACGGGAAAUUGUGUGAAAACGUGUCUGGUCAAAGUCGUGAAUGUAAAUUACUUGAAAAUAGAAUAAAAGCCUGAUGGAAACUCAUCACCACCAACACAAAUACGAUAUUUUAUCAAAUAUUAAUAUAAGACUGUUCAAAAACAUAUCAAAAUUAAAAAAUCAACGAAUCAAUGAAGGCCGUUGAACUCCCGCCGCAAUGACCUAACAAAAAUAUUCACAACUCGGUUAUAAUGGAUACAAAAUUAAAAAUUACUAUUUAAUUGUACAAGAAAAUGUGACGAGCCCGACAUGUCAAUUGAAAGAAAGUGUGUAAAGUAAAGAGAUUAAUGUGAAUAUCAUUAUUUAAACUAACUUCUUACAACGCUUUUGACUAUAUUUUCAAUUGUGGAUUAAUGCGUACCUCCAUUUAAUUCAAACUCUGCGUUGUGCCUCUUUAAAUAUUGUGGUAAAAAUAUUCGAGAAGAUUUCCGCUCUGUUUAAUGGUAUCAAGCAAACGGUAACAGCGAUUUUAUAUCGGUUCAACUCGAUUGGAUGACAAUUUCGUGAACGCAUAAAAUACGAAUCAACACAAGAAGGCAAUCAUUUUUAUUUAUGAGGCUUAAAAGGAACGAGUAAAUGGAAUGAAAAAGGCUAAAGGAGCUACGUGAUCAAUGUCGUUAAAUAUAAUUUCAUAUUGUAAUUGUAAAACAUUCGAUGUUAUUAUAAUAUUUGGAUAACAUUUUAAAUACUUUAGGUUAUUCAAAUUAACAAAAAAAAAAUUAAAAAAAUGUUGAACUUAAGAAAACGACCCAAGAUUCCGGAUAGAAUCAAGAUAAAUAGCGGUAGUCAUACUUUAUUUUAUAAUGUUUUCGGAAUAACAAGAACAAAUGUAGCUCAUGACAAAUAGGUUUGAGGGAAUAGUUAGAAGGUUGUCAGAAGUUUGUAGUAAAAACAAAUACAGCUACGAACUUAAGUCGAUUUCUGGGUCUCAUCAGAUCGGAUUCACCGAUAGUUCUGUCCCUAUCUAAUUUUCGGCUCCGAAAUUAUUAUGACGUUAAGAGUAUAGGUACGAUAUUUGUGAACAAUUACAACUGACAUCUUACCUAAGCCGUCUGACGAAAUGUAAGCUAACAUAUAGAUUUUUUCUCGUUACGUAUAUACUGGAUUAAGCUUAAUCGACGCAUUCCGUAACUUUAAUUCACAAUUGAAAAAGUAGUCAAUGUUAUUUUGCGAUUUUAUUUCGAGGCAAGCGAAGAUGUGUGUCUGACUAUUUCCUCGUGGAGGUAUCGGUAGCCUGCAAAGUACAAUAGUAUUCGUAGGGACGAUUCAGAGCACAUUAUUUUAAAGCGCACGAAUGUUUUCGCUCCCGACUUUUGUAUGAUACGUAAUUGCAUUUUCACGAUACAUAUUUCAUUAAAUAAAACAAAUCGUAAUCUAUCUGAGCACUAACUUUAAGAUUAACUGUUUAUUAAGAAUAUAAUGCAUCAAAAACC